UUUUUAUUACUUAAGCAGAAAUUUAAUGUAUUUUAAUUUGCGAAACAUUGUUUUAUAACGCGCAUACGUUCGGUUGUGAAUAGUUGGCGCGUGUACCUUGAAUGCACGUUCGCACGCAUGCGCCGUUCCAGGGGGCUUGCCUGCUUGCCUUUCUUGCCUUUCUAAACGGCGUGUGUAUCGGUCGUGUCGGCUAUCUGGUGCACUUCGGUGGACCCCCGCUGCAGAGUUCCCCCCCCUUUUUUUUUAAAACGCUCCCUCCCUCGCUCUUCUCGUAGCAAUCAGUGUUCGAGAAGCACGGGGUGGGCCUCUCUGUACGUACUGUGUGUUUGGUCCAGUGGAUGGAUCCUAGUAUUGGCUGGUAUCAGCCUGAACAUCACGGGCCGGCUCUGCGACUGUGGAACUCCAUCUGGGAAACGCAGCAAGGCUUAGAAACGAUGGAUCUCAACAACUCGAAUCUCCGUGCACCUGACUAUAUUCCCAUUAACAGUACAGCCGGAAGCGUUACAGAGGUGAAGAAAAGCGUCAACGGACAAAACGAACUGACAGGUGGUGCAGACAAGUUCUACAAUCCCACGAAGCGGAAAAGGGAGAACCGUGCAAGCACUUACGCUCUCAAUAGGAACCAACACUUGAUAAGUCAAUAUGGCGGCACGCCGUGGAGAACUGAGGUGAAGCACUUUCGUCCAGGAAUCCUCGGGACCGUGAAGCAAUGGCUGUCAGUUCAGGAAGCAUGCAGAAGCCUCUUCAUACUUCAUGACGAGAUUGAAGAGUUUUACAGAUAUAUGCAGCCAACUCCAGCAGAGCAUCAGAUGCGGUUGGGGGUAAUCCAAAGGAUAAAAGAUGUCAUCCUUGGCCUUUGGCCACAAGCAGAGGUGGAGAUUUUUGGGAGCUUUCGGACAGGCCUGUACCUUCCAACCAGCGACAUUGACGUGGUUGUCCUUGGCAAGUGGGAAACAUUGCCUAUGUGGACACUGGAGAAGGCGUUGCUAAGUCAUGGGAUAGCUGAACCACAGUCUAUUAAGGUCCUUGACAAGGCCUCUGUUCCCAUUGUGAAGCUGACUGAUGCAAAAACAACAGUCAAGGUUGACAUCAGCUUCAACAUGAACAAUGGAGUAAAAAGUGCCUGCCUCAUUCAGUCAUUCAAGGAGAAGUUUCCUGCACUUCCCAAGCUGGUGCUGGUGCUGAAGCAGUUUCUGCUGCAACGGGACUUGAAUGAAGUGUUCACUGGUGGUAUCAGCUCCUACUCUCUGAUCCUUAUGACUGUGAGCUUUCUACAAUUGCACCCACGAGGUGGGGAUGCUCCAUCUCCAAAUCUUGGCACAUUGCUGCUGGAGUUUUUUGACUUGUAUGGAAAACACUUCAACUAUUUUGUGACUGGAAUUCGCAUCAAGGAUGGUGGUGCAUAUAUACGGAAAGAAGAGAUGCAGCGUGAUGCAGGAGACUCUUACCGUCCAUCAAUUCUUUGCAUAGAGGACCCUCUCACUCCAGGUAAUGACAUUGGCCGUAGCUCAUAUGGGGCAUUGACAGUGAAGAAAGCAUUUGAGUAUGCUUACAUGGUCCUCAACCAGGCCGUACACUCUUUCCAUCCUGCUACGAGUGACCCAAAACAAAGUUUCUAUUGCUGCAGCAUACUGGGUAGGAUCAUUCGAGUGACUGACGAGGUCAUCCAGUACCGUCAGUGGAUUCAAGAGAAGUUCCCUGUUGACAACAAUGAAGAGCUUUCUGCACUUCAGCCUCCCGAUCCUGAAUGCACAAGGCAGGAAGCCAACAAUAGGUCCCAUGGAAAGAGGACGGGUGGCACCAAUGAGGCCGACAGCAGCUCAACAUCUUCCAGUGCACACUUUGGUGGUAGUCCUCAGCACAGCUCAGGGUCAAGCGUAGGCAGUGACAGCGUGAGUGGUGAAGCACUUGCCAGGAGUCAAGGGACGUGCACCAAUGGCGUGGCUGCUGUGUGGACCCAGGACUCUGAAGCACCUUGUGAAGUUGGCGGGCAGCUGGUUGAUGGUUGCCAACUGGCUACCAGCCGCACCUUCUUCCCUAAGCAGCGCAAGUUCUCGACUGGCACUCCUGAGGCAGCCGAGCAGCACAGCAGCUGUCGGGGCUUUUCAAACAGCAGUGCCCGGCGACGACAGCGCAACUUGAGUCGGCCUGCCCGUGAGACGGUGCUGGUGGCACAGGGCCUUGUGCACCGGGACGUGUACACAGUGGCCUCCUUCAGGUAGUGCCAUGUACUGCGUAGACUGCUGUGGCUGGUGGCAGUCAGCCACUGACUCUGGGACCUUGCUCGGUUGUGCCAUCUGUGCACCAUUGGUUUCACUUGUCUGUGGGCUUUUUCUUUCUCUUUGCUACAGACUUGUUUUUAUGUUGAAUGAAGUUAUUUAUUAACUUUUUUUUUUUUUGAGGAAUGUAUGAGUUUGUCUUGUAUGUAUGCUAAAAGAAAAAAAAAAGAAAAAAAUGUAAAAAUUCGAUAAAGUUGAAAUGUAAUAUUGCACAAAAAAAAUUGCAUUUAUGCAAGUGCAGCCUAAUGCUGGGCUGCUACUCUUAGUUUGGCUAAGUAAGCAUCUAUGCUGGAUUAGUUCCCUCUUUCCUCCUUUAUUUCCUCCCCUUCCCCCCCUCCCUGUGCAUGUGUGUGAUUAUGAAUGAGUGGUCAAGUUAUAGUACAGAGAUUUUUCAACGAAUUGUAUUUAUUCUUAUUUGUGGAUGUCAUUAUUGUGGUUUUGUCUGUAUAUAGCGAUGACAGUAUACACAUCUACAAAUAUAUUGCCAUGUAUAUUUUUUAGUUUCAUGAAAACAGUGCUCGUGACUCUGUACAUAAUCAUGUUAAUGUUCUGAUGUAGAUCGUGUACAUGUUUUUAACCAAUCCUCUACUGUUUCUUUACUAAUAAUGUACAAUGUUCAAAACGAAAGCAGGUCACUCAGUGGUUUGAGGGAUUAUGUUUGGAUUUUUUUUUUUCUGUACCUUGCACUAGAACUGCAGCUUUUUGUUCAGUGCUGACAAGAACUUUUCGUUCCUGAUCUACUGCUAUACAGUUUCUAGGAUUUUUUAAAUUCAAUCCACAAAGUGCUGUGACAUUGAGGAGUACUGUGUCCUUGAAAGAUAUAUAUAUGAUUUUUUUUAAAAUUUCAGUGUAGUUUUUUUGUGCUUACUGGCUGUUUAUACAAGUUUGUUGUGAAGUGCUCAAAACUUGGUGCUUCAUGAAGGCCUUGGACAAUGUUUCUCAAGAAAUGGACACUGUACUGCUCUUUCCUUUUAAGUCUCCACGUUUCAUUUCAAGUUCUUGAGUGGGCUCUCAUUGGAUGUCCUAUGUUUUGUGAAAAGUGUGCCAUCUCUUGGCAGUGUCGCAUUGUGCUCUCUCAGCUGUGGAGAUGGCUCUCCAUUGCAAGUGGAUGGUGGCAGUUGUUAAAAGGAGCUAGUCCAUGUUCCGUGGUGUGCCAAUAGGAUACUGCCUACCAAGCUGCUCACAUGCAGUGUUUGUUUGCCUCACAAUUGUUUGUGGUGGCAAGUUUCCUUUUACCAGGCAAUUCACUUUGCACUGUGGCUUUGGUGUCCAGAGGGGCAUUCACUGCUCACGGUUAUGACGUGAAAGUGGUGACUCCUAUUUAUGGGCACCUACCUGGUCAUGUUGUUUAAAUACAAGGUGAAUGCGAAAUGGCAUAGCAGCCAGGUUUAGGCUGCUUUGUGUGAACUUCUGAUGUAUAUAUUAAGUACAUCUUGUGGUUUCCAUUUAUGUCAAGUCAUCCUAGUCACACGAAUGUGAGUUUACAGUACAUGUUGCCACUGUGUGUAAAAAUCAGUUGUGUUACUUAAAACUCCCAGCAAAGGCAUUCAUAACUAUGCACUGUAACUACAUUUUGCUGGGAACGCUCAUCAAAAAAUGUUUCAAAAGAAUAAACAAGACACAUCAUCAUGACCUGGA